AAUUGAUUUUGGGUUUACAUUCCACGUCUCUCUCUCUCUCCCUUCACAAGUUUACAUGGUAUCAGAGCAGAGAACGAUAUACCUGGGUAACCCAUAUUGAUAACCUCGUUUCUGGAUUUCUCGACAGUCAACAAAGCGACGACCAGCAAAGCUUUUUUUUUACUUUCUUCUCGACGUUGACCCAUACAGAUUCAGACCCCACGCACCUUCGCUGACCAUCGUCAGCCUCUUUCAAGCAAUUUCGAGCAAGUCCAGUCACGGACAAGUGCUUGUUUGUGCCUUUCACGCCAGACCCAUCCUCCGACGACCCUCGCCGGCGAUUCGUUAGCCCCCGGCGACCUCUGUCAGCCCUCGUCCUGAAGAUCCAGUGGUGUUUCUUGAACAUCAAUACUCGUCGGCCCUUUUUUCAGACUCAGAUCUUGAGUUCUGCUCUAUUUCCGACAUCACCUGUUCUUGCUGGGAACUAUACAGCCUUUUGUGCCAUCUUCUGUUGCCCUUUCCGAUCCCGUACAGGUGUGUUUGUUAGUUUUUUGUGUUGCCUAAGGUUGUGUAGGCUUGUUUUUGGAUCUUCUGGAUUCUGAUCGGUAUAUUUCAGUUCAUAUAGUUGGCUAUAGUUGAGUUAGACUUGGUUGCUGCAAUUUAUGUUGCCUUGAGGCUGUUUAUCGCUGAGUUGAUUUGGUCUUGUGCAUUUGGAAUUGUUGGUCUGCUUUUAAAAUGUCAGAGGAGAAAAACAAGGCUUCCGCUGAUACAAAAGAUGAGUUGAGUCGUGUAGAGACUUUAAAUAAUUUUUCUCUGGAUAUUUGCCAUAUUAAGUUGGAUGGUACCAACCAUUUGAUUUGGUCUCGUACUUUUACUUUGGCUAUUGAGGCCAAAGGGAUGUCAGAGUUCAUUGAGGGCCCUGUUACACCACCUGUUGAGGCGGUCGAACUCAAGAAGUUUAAAUAUCGGAAAUCGUUAAUCAUGACCUGGUUGUUUAACUCUAUGAGAGCUGAUAUUCGCCAUACUUUCCUACUGCUUGAUACUCCACAUCAGAUUUGGACUACUGCAGCCCAGACCUAUUCUCAGCAAGGUAAUGAUGCACAGUAUUUUGAGUUGAGAAAGAGGCUCCGUACAUUGGAGCAAAAUCAUCGUUCUGUUGCUGUGUAUUUUGCUGACUUGAGUGGAGCUUGGGGGGAAUUUGAUUAUUAUCAGGGCUUUCAGGCUAUUUGUGCUGUGGAUGCUGUCAAUUGGCUAAAAAGGAUGGAGAAAGAGCGUGUUUAUGAUUUUCUUGCUAGUCUUGAUUUGGAGCUUGAUCCGAUUAGAGUGCAGGUGUUGGGUCGUGUUCCGUUUCCAUCAUUGGGAGAGGCCUAUUUUAUUGUUCAACAGGAGGAGAGUAGGAGGGGUGCUAUGUUGCACCCUCCUAUUUCUGAUCGUUCUGCCCUGGUUGCUACUCCUUAGGGUCAUUUUGGUUUUGAUAGUGGGCCUAUUUUCCAAGGUGGCAAGUCCCAAUCUGGUACUAAGCGGCGGGCCUCCUGCUCGUGCAUCACUCCAGUGUGAUUAUUGCCACAACACUGGUCAUAUUAGGGAUUUUUGUUGGAAGCUACAUGGCAAGUCCUCUCGUGGGCGCGGGGGUGGACGCGGUGGCCAUGGUCGUGGUCCGGUGCGUUCUUGGGCCCAGGCCCAUGUUUCACAGUCUACCGUUGGCACCUUGCCUGAUUUUGGAUUCAGUUCUGGGAUUCAGGCAUCAUCUAAUCAUGUUGGUGGUUUUUCUCAAGGGAAAUACAAACUCUCAGGCGUCUUAUGGCUCAGGCUGAUUCUCUAUCUACUAUAACUUUCUCUUCCACAGCAGCUCCUACUUCAUUUUAUUUUGCUCACACAGGAACUGGAUACGAGGAAGGUGAUUGGCCGUGGUAAAUCACAUGGUGGCCUCUAUUUUUUGGAGUCUGCACCUCGUCCACCAUGUCAUGUGGUCUUGCUCUGCAGGCUGAUACUGGUCCAACUCUUACUAUGUUAUAUCAGUGGCACCGUCGAUUGGGUCAUCCGAUCAUUUGGAAUUUUAGAGAAACUUUUUCCUAAUUUAAUAAAACAUUGUCCUUGAAGUCAGUUUUUUUGUGAAGCUUGUGAGCUUGGAAAACAUAAACAUUCAUCUUAUGCACCUAUUAAUAAAGGGAGUGCGUCUCCUUUUACAAUUAUCCAUUCUGAUGUUUAGGGUCCUUCCCUUGUUACAUCUCUUAAAGGUUUUCGGUGGUUUGUCACUUUUAUUGAUUGUUAUUCUUGCGUUACUUGGGUGUAUUUACUUAAGUCAAAAAGUGACAUUUUUUCUUGUUUUAAGUCUUUUUAUGCCAUGAUUCGCACUUAAUUUGAUACGAAUAUUAAAAUUCUCCGUAGUAACAAUGGGACUGAGUAUAUAGAUAGGAAUUUUAGGGCAUUUCUAGAAGAAAAUGGCUUUCUUUAUCAGACGACUUGUCUUGACACUCCACAACAAAAUGGAGUUGCUGAACGCAAGAAUUGUCAUCUUGCUGAGGUAGCUCGCUCUCUUUUAUUCACCAUGAAUGUUCCCAAAUUUUUAUGGGGAGAGGCGAUUUUGACAGCUACUUAUCUUAUCAACCGUAUGCCAUCUAGUGUUCUCCGGUUCAAAACUCCUAUUGAGUGUUUUCCUCACAGUUCUCGUGUCACCACUCUCCCACCACGGGUGUUUGGUUGUGUGUGUUUUGUUCAUGCCCCUCAUCCCUCUGGGGGCAAAUUAGGUCCUAAAGCCCAUAAGUGUAUCUUUAUUGGGUACUCUCC